UGUCUUCUAUAUUUCAUCGCCAUCUUAUAUUCUAACAUAACCUUCUUAUUCUCUCAACUUACUCCAUAAAUCCUACUCCCUGAAUUUCGUCACCAUUCAUAAUUUUAUCGAAUUCUCAUUAAGUUUUUCCUUUUUAUGUUACUACAAAUUUUGUCCAAAUGUUCUCAGCCUCUUCUUCUUCUUCUUCCCAUGCUCUUUACACCACCUUCAUUUUCCUCUUCCUUGCCAAUGAUAGUUUCGGAACCACGUUUACACUAGUGAACAAGUGCGAGUACACAAUCUGGCCCGGAAUCCUAUCCAACUCCGGCGUCUCGGGCCUCGGCACCACGGGCUUCGAGCUCGGCCCGCACGACUCCAGAUCCUUCCAGGCCCAACCGGGCUGGUCGGGCCGGUUUUGGGCCCGAACCGGCUGCUCGUUUGACCCCUCCACCGGGCAGGGCCAGUGUCUGACCGGCGACUGCGGAUCGGGCCAGGUCGAGUGCGGCGGAUCUGGGGCGGCUCCGCCGGCCACCCUGGCGGAAUUCACGGUGGGCUCCGGCGGGCCGGACUUCUACGACGUGAGCCUGGUCGACGGGUACAACCUGCCGGUGGUGGUGGAGCCGGAGGGCGGGUCGGGCCAGUGCGGGCUGACCGGGUGCGCGGCCGAUUUGGGCCGGUCCUGCCCGGAGGAGCUGCGGGCGGGCGGCGGGCGGGGUUGCCGGAGCGCGUGCGAGGCGUUUGGGUCGCCGGAGUACUGCUGCCGGGGGGAGUACGGGUCGCCGGAGACGUGCCGGCCGACGGCGUACUCGGAGGCGUUCAAGAGCGCGUGCCCGAGAGCGUACAGCUACGCGUAUGAUGACGCGUCGAGUACUUUCACGUGUAGCGGGGCGGACUAUACCAUUGUGUUCUGCCCCUCGCGCACUAGCCUGAAAUCUUCAAGAGACUCUAUAUCGUCCCAAAAUUCGCCGGAGGCCGCCAGUGGCACGGUGGACAACACCAAUUCUCCGGCGGAAGAAGAUGAUUUUCUUUCAUGGCUACCGGAUUUUGGCUCGGGUAUGUGUGGGAGUCAAAGGCUGAUGGAGCUUUCGCCAUUUCUGAAGAUACAUGGAAUGAGUCUGAAAUCAUAUUGUUUCGCCAUUUCUGAAGAUACAUGGAAUGAGUCUGAAAUCAUAUUGCAUCUCAGAGACGAAGCAAAAGAGUACUUGGAUGAGUAA